UAAAUCAAAACAAACGAGCACAGUCUGUGGCAAAGCAAAGAAGAGUACAGUCUUCACUACAGAUCGAGUCUAGUCUUGGGCCAGCCAGCUGCCAGCUGAUUGAUCAAGGAGUUACCAUCAUCAUGAGUGUUCCAAACAAACUCUUGACCCUUGUGUUGAUCCAUCAGAACACCCGGCUCCUGCUUGGGAUGAAGAAACGAGGGUUUGGUGUUGGGAGAUGGAACGGCUUUGGUGGGAAGGUGCAACCAGGGGAGACCAUCUUAGAGGGAGCAGAGAGAGAAUUGCUUGAAGAAAGUUGUGUCAGGGCACCAGACAUGAAGCACAUUGGACGCAUAGACUUUGAGUUUGUUGGUGAACCACAGAUUAUGGAAGUACAUGUUUUCAAAGCAACCGAGUUUGAAGGAGAGCCAGCUGAAACAGAAGAGAUGAGACCGCAGUGGUUUGAUGUAGAUUCCAUUCCCUUCAAUACCAUGUGGCCUGAUGAUGUCCUGUGGUUCCCAUUAAUGCUGAAGGGGUCAAAGUUCAAAGGUUAUUUCAAGUUUGAGGGCAUGGACAAAUACCUGGAGUACAACCUAGAAGAGCUGGACCAAAGUGCUGAGAUACAAAGCUCAUGACACAACUCUUCCCUCUGAGGUGGACUAAGAACUGAAAUACAUUCCUCAAUGGGGUGAGCAGACUAAUGGAUUGUCAUCAGCUGAAAGGCAAUUUGUAUUUGCCUAAAUGCACUCUACAUCAUUGAUUUUGUUUCAUAGUCAAAGUGUUCUUUUCUCUCCUCUCAUUGAAAGGAAAUUAACAAAAGUCUACAUACUGUGCCACAUUUGUUUUCAUCUAUAACUGAGGAAUAGCUAAUUUUGC